UGUCCGUGCAGAGCUCCGGAAACACCUCCUACCGCUGCUCCAUGUCUUCCUCGGCGGAUUUCUCGGACGAGGACGAGGCGAGCCAGAAGUCGGGCACGGUGUCGCCGGCGCCGGGGGACACACUGCCUUGGAACCUGCCCAGGCACGAGCGCUGCAAGCGCAAGAUCCAGGGCGGCUCCGUGCUGGAUCCCGCGGAGCGGGCCGUGCUCCGCAUCGCCGAUGAACGGGACAAAGUACAAAAGAAGACCUUCACAAAAUGGAUAAAUCAGCAUCUCCUAAAGGUUCGAAAACAUGUGAAUGACUUGUAUGAAGACCUAAGGGAUGGACAUAACUUGAUCUCCCUUUUAGAAGUCCUUUCUGGAGACACCUUGCCAAGAGAGCGAGAUUUUUUGAAGACCUUACGGUUGGUGAGUUCAACAGAAGCAUGCGCGUAUGAACAGCAUGAGGAUGAGGAGGAUGAGGAUAAGGGGCCCCGAGAAAAAGGUCGGAUGCGUUUUCACAGACUCCAGAACGUCCAAAUUGCACUUGACUAUUUGAAAAAACGCCAGGUGAAACUGGUUAACAUUAGGAAUGAUGACAUAACAGACGGGAAUCCCAAGUUGACUUUGGGAUUGAUAUGGACCAUAAUUUUGCACUUUCAGGAGAGGAUGCGAGGGUCUAGUGUGCCUAUUUGCAAACCCAAAGGAGAACCAGAGAGCAACGUGGGUGGAGGCAGGCAUGGGGCCGGCGUGGGGGCUGAGGACACUGGCCAUGAGAGAGGAGAAGACACCGACCCGUCGCCGUUAGGGGGCCUGAAGCUCCAUCUGGUCCUGGCUUCAGGAGGCUGGGUUUAA